AUGAACUCUACUUUAAGGAACGUUGAAAUUAGAGGACAGUUGGACAAAGAUGUCAAUACUAUAUUGUCAACUGAGGCUCUUGCAUUCCUGGUCGAACUUGAGCGCAACUUUGGCGCUAGAAGGAUUGACUUGCUCGCUGCACGUCGCAAGCGCCAACAAGAGAUUAACAACGGAGUCUUCCCUGACUUUUUGUCACAGACUGCUGCUGUUCGUGCUGGCCAGUGGCGAUGUGCACCUGUUCCCGCUGAGAUCCAGGACCGUCGCGUCGAGAUCACUGGCCCCACCGACCGCAAGAUGGUUAUCAAUGCACUCAACUCUGGUGCCAAGGUGUUCAUGGCCGACUUUGAGGAUGCCAACUGUCCCAACUGGUCCAACUCCAUCCAGGGCCAGCUCAACAUGAUCGAUGCCAAUCGACGAACAAUCGAGUUCAGCUCGUCUGAUGGUCGCAAGUAUUCCCUCCGCAAAGAUAAUGUGGCGGUUCUCUUUGUCAGACCUCGUGGAUGGCACUUGAACGAAGAACACAUCUAUGUCGAUGGACAUCCAAUGAGUGGCUCCCUCUUUGACUUUGGACUCUACUUCUUCCACAACACAAAUAUCCUUCUGAACCGUGGUUCUGCACCAUACUUCUAUCUACCAAAGAUGGAGAGUCACUUGGAGGCCAGAUUGUGGAACGAUGUAUUUGUUUUCUCUCAAAACUACAUAAAAGUACCAGUUGGUACGAUCAAGGCAACUGUACUCAUUGAGACAAUCCUGGCUUCGUUCGAAAUGGACGAGAUACUCUACGAGCUACGUGAGCACAGUGCUGGUCUGAACUGUGGUCGUUGGGACUAUAUCUUUAGCUUCAUCAAGAAGUUCAACCAGUAUCCACAGUUUGUUCUGCCAGACCGCGCUAAAGUUACAAUGACCAGUCCAUUCAUGGAGGCCUAUGUCAAGAUGCUAAUUUACACGUGUCACAGACGUGGCGUACAUGCCAUGGGAGGCAUGGCUGCUCAGAUCCCCAUCAAAGAUAACAAGGCGGCCAAUGAUGCCGCCAUGGAGAAGGUCAAGUUGGACAAGGAGAGAGAGGUCAAGUUUGGACAUGACGGCACCUGGGUUGCUCAUCCUGCUCUCAUUCCAAUAGCCAUGGAGCAAUUUAAUUUGCAUAUGAAGACUCCAAACCAGAUCAACCAGUCCCCUGUCAAUCCACACAUCACUGCCAAGGACCUGUUGAACGUCACUCCCGUAUCCCCAGGUGAUAUCACUGAAGCUGGAUUCAAGAGUAACAUCAUUGUUGGUGUUGACUACAUUGAGGCAUGGUUGAAUGGAAACGGGUGCGUCCCAAUCAACCAUCUCAUGGAGGAUGCUGCUACCGCCGAGAUAUCUAGAUCCCAAAUCUGGCAAUGGAUUCGUCAUGGCGCCAAGUUUUCCAACGGAACAACCAUCACAUUAGCCUACUUCAGAAGUGUUUUGGCAGAGGUUGAGAAAGUAGCCAAACCAAGACCUACUUUGAAGCAUGCAAUUGGAAUAUUCGAGCUCCUAGUUGCCUCACCCGAAUUUGUUGACUUCUUGACUCCUUCCGCUUACGACUAUAUUGUUGCCAAGGAGAGACAACAAUCCAAGCUCUAA